GUCCCCAGUCGUAUUCGUGGCAAUCUCGUUUCCUUGUACCAGCUGAACAUCGCCCUGGGUGAGGUGUUGGGCUACGCCGUGGCUGCCAUGUUCCUCGACGUCACCGGCAACUGGCGCUACAUCCUCGGUUCCUCCUUGGUUUUCUCCACCAUCCUCCUGGUGGGUAUGUUCUUCCUGCCCGAGAGUCCCCGUUACCUGAUGCACAAGGGUCGGGCCGUGGAAGCCUACGGAGUGUGGAAACGCAUCCGCGGCUUUGACACCUACGAAGCUAAGGACGAGUUCCUGGGUAUGCGCCAGGCCGUCCUCGCCGAGGCCGAGGAGCAGCAGAACACCAAGAAAUACGCCUGGUUGGACUUCUUCACCAAGCCCCGUGCUCGUCGUGCGCUUGUCUAUGCCAAUAUCAUGAUUGUUCUCGGCCAGUUGACGGGUGUGAACGCCGUCAUGUACUACAUGAGCACCCUCAUGACCAACAUUGGAUUCAACACGAAGAAUAGUGUAUUCAUGUCCCUUGUUGGCGGUGGCUCACUUCUCCUGGGCACCAUUCCCGCUGUGAUCUACAUGGAACGGUUCGGCCGGCGUUAUUGGGCCAACGUCAUGCUCCCCGGUUUCUUCAUCGGUCUAGUCCUCGUCGGUGUGGGCUACCAAUUCAACUACACCACCCACCCGGCUGCCGCUGAAGGGGUCUAUCUCACCGGCAUUAUCCUGUACAUGGGCUUCUUCGGAUCCUAUGCCUGUCUCACCUGGGUCAUCCCAUCGGAGGUCUUCCCCACCUACCUCCGUCAUUACGGAAUGACCGUGGCGGACGCCAACCUCUUCCUGUGCUCUUUCAUCGUGACCUACAACUUCACGCGCAUGAUGAAGGCGAUGACGCGGACUGGUCUGACCCUCGGCUUCUACGGGGGUAUCGCCUUCGUCGGCUGGAUCUACCAGAUCAUCUUCAUGCCCGAGACGAAGAACAAGUCCCUCGAGGAGAUCGACGAGCUCUUCUCGCGGCCCACGUCGGAGAUCGUCAAGGAGAACCUUGCUCAGACCAAGGAGGUUGUCGGCGAUCUGCUGAGUUUCCGGUGGAAGAAGGCGUUCUCGCCUCCCCCGAAGCGGGAGUAGUGGUUUGUGCUGUGGGUUUAGUGGUGCAGCCUUGGGGCUGUGCUGUCAGUGCUUUGACUAUGAUGUUUACCAGCGUGCCUUUGCAUGUGUUUAAUGAAUACCAGAUAAGAAACAAAAGAGGAUUGCCUCCAGAUG